ACACACACACACACACACACACACACACACACACACAUACGCCUUUCUGUGCAAAGUGGGCCUGAGAGCUCACUCAGGCCAGCCAUGGCAUCCAGCCUGACGUGCGUGGGGCUGCUAUGGGCCUUCCUGUCGCUGCUGAGUGCCGCCGCCUCCUGCGUUGGCUUCUUCAUGCCCUACUGGCUGCUCGGACAGCAGAUGGACAAACCGGUGUCGUUCGGCACGCCCCGCCGCUGCUCUCAUCCGGCGCUUGUGACGAGGAGCCAGGCCACAGUGAUGGUGGAGCAGUGCGGGCGCUACGCCUCCUUCCUGGGCAUCCCCAGCCUGGAGUGGGCAGAUCUGCACGGUGGUGACGUGGCGGCUGCUGGCCUGCUGCUGCUGGUGGGUCUCACGGCGCUCAUGGGCUGCUGCAUCUCCGAGCUCAUCUCCCGGACCAUCGGACGCGUGGCAGGGGGCAUCCAGUUCGUGGGAGGACUGUUAAUCGGUUCUGGAUGUGCCCUCUACCCACUCGGCUGGGACAGUGAGGAGGUCCAGCAGACUUGCGACAACAGAUCGGACCAGUUCCAGCUGGGUUCCUGUCAGAUUGGCUGGGCGUACUACUGCACGGGUGCGGGGGCGGCGUCUGCCAUGCUGCUGUGUACCUGGCUGGCCUGUUUUGCUGGGAAGAAGCAGAAGCAGUACCCGUACUAGAGCAACGAGCCGAGGAGACAGAGAGAGUGUGAGAGAGAGAGGGACAGAGAGAGAGAGAGGGCUGUGAAGUGACAAAACACAGCCACGGGCGCUGAGGCAGAGCAAGCAAGCACGAGAGGCACAAGUCAAAAAGUGUGUGUGUGUGUGUGUGUGUGUGUGUGUGUCUGCCUGUCUCUUUUUGUGUUGGAGAAAAGCUGUGUGUCAGGCAGAGGAAUUGAGAGUGAAAAAACAAAAGGUGUGUGUGUGUGUUUGUCUGUUUGUUGUAUAAAUCAGGGACACACACUAAAGGCAAGAUCCUGCACAUGCCCUGACAGUCACAGGGCUCCUCACGUACGAUGACGCCUGGGCCUCCUACGACUAUGAGAAGAAGCGCAGCACAGCCACACAACAAUUGUGUUGUCUGAACAGACUGGCUUCUAAAGCAGUUCGACUUUAAGGACAACCACUUCAACAACAAACAAGAAAAAAGAAAAAAGUUAAAGGACCAAUAUUUUUUCUUUCUGUAUCACUGUCAAGUAACUCUUUUUGAAUUAGUGCUUUUUCGUUUGACUUUCAUCUUGCUGGUUGGUGACGUUCUAGUGGUAGUGUGCCCUGUGACAAAGAGAAAAGAAAACUGACUUUGUUGUUGUUGUGGAGUGCCCCCCCUACACACUUUAUAUACCCUACACAUAUAUUUUAUUUUUAGCAUAUAUCUGCCUUACGUGCAUCAUUAUAAUGCAAUAAUCUCCAUAGUAUACAACCCAAAUGUAGGUCCAUAACACCUUAUCAUAAUGUUUAUUGGUUGAUGUAUGCUAUAGGUAUGUAUAUGUUGUGUUUGACAAUGUAUGUAUCAUAUGAGCAUACACCUUUUUGUACAAAGGAAAAGCAAAAUAUGAAGCCAUUUAUUGUUUUUAUUGUUUUGUGUUUGUAAAUAAACACUGUUUAUUAUGGUU